CGUUUCCGGGAGCAAACAGCGUCUUCCUGCAGCGACCGAAGCUUUGAUUCACAGGAACUCUGACACACGCAGCUGCAAAAACAUUUCACACUGGAAAACUGUCAGGAGACACAGUGAAACAUCAUGACGACGCUGCUGGACCUGAAGAGUAGUGUGCUGCGGCAGGUGCAGAGGAGCCAGUCCCUGAGGAGCCGGAGGGAGCCGCCACCCACCGCCAGCAGCCCCCUCACGCACUGUCCUGACCCCUUACCUCGCAGGAUUUCCGAGGAGAGCUUGGAGUUCUUUGAGCGUAUGAACGCCAUCCUUCAAAAACAAGAGAACAUGCUGCGGGCUGCCCAGGCUGAGUGCCAAAGAGGGGCCUGCACAGUGCCGCCGCCCCAAGAGCAUGUGGACCAGGCCUUUAUCCCCGACAGAAUCAGCAGGACAGAGCUGGACCUGCUUUAUGAGGAAGCUGUUUACACGGUGGUCAACAGGGUCGGAGUGCAUUCACCAGAACAUGUGAAAAGUGACGAAGAGCUUUUUGCGUACCUGCUAAAGGUGUUUGAUAUGGGUGAAGAGGAGCAUGAUAUCAUUCUCCAAAAAGUUCAAGAAUCCAAGCGAGCCAGUUUUUCCUUAAGAGUUUCUGUUAUGAAAGCAAAGAAUCUGAUGGCCAAGGAUGCAAAUGGGUACAGCGACCCCUAUUGCAUGCUGGGAAUCCUGGUGGGCCAGAGCCCUCGGGAAAUGGAGGAGAAAAAGGAGAGAAAGUUCAGCUUCAGGAAGAGGAAGGAGAAGCUGGAGAAACGCUCCAGCACCAAGGAGGUGUUACCUGCCAGGUGUAUCCAGGUGACCGAGGUCAAGCCGGAGACUCUCAACCCAGUGUGGGACGAGCACUUUGUGUUUGAAAUUGAUGAUGUCCACAAUGACGUCUUACAUCUGGACAUAUGGGAUCAUGACGAUGACGUGUCUGUUGCUGAGGCCUGCAAAAAGCUCAAUGAAGUCAGUGGACUUAGAGGAAUGGGCAGAUAUUUUAAGCAGAUAGCAAAGUCAGUGCGUGCCAAUGGAUCUGCUUCAUCAGGCUCUGAGGAGAACGCCGAUGACUUCCUCGGAUGCAUCAACAUCCCUUUGAAUGAGAUUCCUGUUGUCGGCUAUGACACCUGGUUUAAGCUGGAGCCUCGAUCGAGUGCUUCUAAAGUUCAGGGAGAAUGUCAUCUGAUGCUGAAGCUCUUCACCAGCCAGAGAGACACAACUUUGUCUAAGAAGGACUCAAAUGUCUCCAUUCACAAGAAACUGCUGAGUCAGAUCGUGGAGUAUGAGCACUCUCAUGUUAAGAGAGAGCCUUACAACUGGAACGGGCAGGUCUGUCCUCCAGCGUGGACUGUGCUAACUCACCAUGCUGUGCAAACUGAUCUCUCACCUCUCCAACAGGCCAUUAUUCGUUGGCAGUGCUACAGCAGCCACCAUCGGACCCAGAGGGUGUGCUACUCCCUGCUGCUGCGCCUCCUGAGGACUAUCGAUGCAGAGUGGGACCCUCCUGCUGUGAGGGGAGACCUGGAGAGGCAGCUGUCAGACAGCUUCAGGCUGUACACAGAGCACUGCCUGUGCCUGAUGAAGAACAUGCGUCAGGUUUUCCCCAGCACCAGCGCUGCUGCCAUUACACGCUACGAGCUCAUGCUGAGGGGGGUUGGCUACAUGCAAAACAUGCGGGCGUUUAAGACUGCAUGUCCUCUCCGCAACGAACUACAUUUGGACAUCACUACUGCUGUCAAGAAAGGAACAGCAGAGUGGUAUGAGAGCUUAAUAGCACAGUAUAAACCAGAGGAUGGGACUCUGGAAGAGCAGCUGAAGAAGCUGGUUCAGGUGGUGGAUGCUGUGUGUGCGGACGUACAGAGAGCCCAGAAUAUCUACAAUAAACUCUUCUACAGUGCUGUGAAAGUAGAUUUCUUCAGCAUAUCAUACAGGCAGUUGGAGAAACAGGUAGCCGAUGAUGUAAAUGUAGCAAUGGAGCGGGUGUGUGGGACUCUGGAGCAGGAGAGCUCCAGACUGACUCAGACAAUGGGAGAAACCAUCUUUGAGCUCUUCAUGUCCCUGAAAACCCUCAAAGGCUUUCGGGAGUUUCUUCCACUCAAGGAUGCUAAAAUGUUGGCCUUGACAGGCUUUCAUAACUGGUUCAAGUCCUCGAUUCAUAAGUGGCUGCAGAUUGUGCACGACAGAUCCUGUGACAGGAUCCUUAAAGCGGUGGAAACAGACAAGCUGGAGCCUGUGCAGCAGGCCAGACACAGCUCCUCAGCCGUGGAAGUGACAACGUGCUUCAGCCAGGUACGCGAGAUCUGGCUCCAGCUGGCCUGGCCAGACUCUGCAGGGGCCUUCAUCUUUGUCACCCGUUUGACAGACAAUUUCUGCAGUGAGGCUGUGUGCUACUCAGAGAUGAUAACGCGCAAGAUUGAGAGGAACCAGCUGGGCCGAGAUCACAAGAGCUUCACAGUGCAGCUCUGCAUCGCCCUGAACAACACAGAGCAUGUGCGCGUUUUCCUGGGCCACCUGCCCCGUGACCUGGACUGGCAAGGUGUGGAGCGGGCCAUGGAGGAGUCCUGUGGGAUGGAGGGGAAGGAGCAGGUUUACAAGGCUCUCAACGGGCAGCUGUUCAACAUGGACCUGGACCUGCAGAGAGAAUCCAAACGCCUCAUCGCACUGCUCACCGACAAGAUGCUACCUGAGCUGCGGAGGUACAUCCAGCACAUCAGCCUGUCUCCAGACUCCAUCAACAAUGACGACGCUGUGUCCCCUCUCAUGAAGUACUUACAAGACACUAUGGUUAUCCUCACUGAAAACCUUGUAAAGGAGAACCUGACUAGAGUCCUCCAGAGCAUGUGGGAACUGCUCCUGCGGAUGAUCCUGGACGCAGUCACAGAAAACAGAGGUGUUCAGGUGGAGUUUUACAACCGCUUCCAGUACACAGUGGAGACCGUGUUGCAGUUCUUCCAUGCUAAGGGAGAAGGUCUUUCCCUGGAAGACAUGAAGAGUGGAGAGUACAAGGUCCUGGAUGAGGAGCUCAGGCUGAAUAAAUGUUCCUCCUUUGAGCUGAUUGAACAGUACUAUCUGGAGAAGAUUUCCCACCAGAAAACACUCAAACAUACCCGUUAUGGUCGGAUCAGUGUGAAGUGCUACUAUGAUGCUCCAGAGCAGAGACUGACGGUGGAGAUUCUGCACGCUGCGGAUAUCAUUGCACUGGAUGCCAAUGGUCUGAGUGACCCAUUUGUCAUAGUAGAGCUCUGUCCUCACCACCUCUUCCCUAUGGCCAAGAGUCAACGCACGCAAGUGAAGCUUAAGACACUGCACCCUGUAUUUGACGAACUCUUUUACUUCCACGUCAGUCCUGAACAGUACAGACACAGGUUUGCCUGUUUGACCUUCACUGUGAUGGACUACGACUGGCUUUCCACUAACGACUUCGCCGGUGAAGCCGUGGCUCCUCUCAGUGACUUCUGCUGGCCUGGGAGACCGAACGCCUCUGCGGCCGGCAAGAGUGUCCAGCCGGUCAUUCUGCACCUGUCUCGCAGUAAACCCAGUGAGAAGCCAAUCAUGAGGAUGCUGGACGCUCGCAUCGGAGACAGGGAGGCUCAGGAGUUUGUCCGCAGGCUGAAGGAGAUUGAGAAGUCAAUGGAGGAGGAGUAAAAGCUUUCAGCGCUGCCUGUGUUGGUGUUUUCUGACCACGUCUUGCAACAUGUGCUUUUGUACUGGUACGAUGUUUACAAUAUUUGAAUUUCUUUUUUUCCAAUGUUAUUGUUUGUUCAGUAAUUAUACCAAAAUGAAAAGAAAAAAAAAGGAAAGCAGUGCAGCUUAUCGCUGUUUUCUAACUGGGAAAUGAACAUCCUGUCACUGUGCAACUCUAUGCUGUCUCAGUUCAACUAUAUUUUAGAAUUUAAUGGAUAGUUGAUCCUAAAUGUUACUAGUCUAUAUUUUUUGUAAUGAGGUAAUGUUAUCUUUGUUGUAUGAUCUUUGAUAUGAUAGAUUUAACAUUUCAGAACUAUUUUGUGGAAGUAGCUUACAUAUCCAAUAGUAUUCAGUCAGAGUCUAAAUCUAUACCUCAGAUAUGCUCAUUAGUUGCAGGGGAGUUUAACAGGUAUUGAGACUUUUCACAUUCUCCACAGACAUUGUGGACAUAAAAUGCAUGAAAGCUUAUUUAGGAUGCAAAAGCAUGAACUCACAACGACUUUCCAAAUCAUAUAGUCGCUUUUUCAGCAAACAGCUAUGAAUAAAAGUACAUAUUUUUAGGACCCAAAUCGAGAAGAAGCAACACAUAUCUUUGGGGAAUUGCACUUCCUGAGACUUGGUGUUUUAAGGCCAGUCAGACAGAUCAGCAGCAGGGAGGCCUAACACUCCCCCGAGGCACACACCACAGCUCGGGUUCAUUCGGCUUUUCAGAUUGCUCUUCACAAAGCUCAUGAUGGGUCAUUGAAGAGGCCAAAGACAGUGCUACCUGAGUGGUGGGAAGACCAAUUCUUUUAACUCAGUUCUUUCUUUCUGUGUAACACCAGUGAGUCAACAUCUCUGCGGAAAUAUAUGUGGCGUUUUUGCUCAUUUAAUUCAGCCUUAAUCGAUGUUGUCGACUCAACAAUUAAUGAGUGAGUGCCUGAAAUGGGAAAAACAAAAACAAAUUUAAUUUUGCAUUGUUGCAACUGCACCAUAAAAUAAUUAACUUAAUUGGGUGUCACAAAAGGAACGAUCAAACAGAGUUAAAAACUUAAGCAUUCGGUGUAAAUUGUUGUGUAUUACAACUAAUUUGAAGCUAUUCUAAAAGUAGCCUGCAAGGUUAUUUAACUUUUUCAUGCUACUUUUACUUUACAUACUAUUGCAACUCAGCAAAAGCAGCUGAAUAGAUUUAAAAUUUUGAGUUAUUUAUCAAUGGCAAAUGGAUUUAUUUGUAGAGACUUCAAAUUAACAAUUUGUGAAAUGAAUCAUCACUUUUGUUCCUUGCUUUUACUCUGCUGGUAACAGGAACUAUAUUCAGAAUCAUUCAUAUUUUCAUGGUAAUGGGGAUACGCCAGGAAACUCUGAUGCCUGAUAAUUGAAAGGCAGAAAAUACACCAUGACAUCCCCAAAGAUAACGCAGUGUGUGGCACUGUGGCCUUACUUCCAGAUGGUAGAGCUUCAAAAACGUUUAUUAGGAGAAACCCUGCUAAUUGCAGCUAAUGAGCUCAUGUAGCGUCCAGAAAGAUCUGGAAACAGCCAUCAAACAUGGCAAAGCCUUUGUUAAUACAACUUUAAGAUGCAGACUCAUCACAGGCAGGAGUCUUUGCACAGUGUGAGGCUUAAUCUCUAGAGGUGAAGAGAAAGGAAAAGCAUAAUGAACCUGUGUAAUAGCGUAAUUAUGCUUAAGGGGGGAAAAGGCAAGACCUGCCUGCCCGCAGUAGCUCUCAUGGCAGGCACAAUUCAAUGCCUGCUCUCACCAGUCCUCUGAAGCUAUGUGUCUGUGACUGCAAGGUUAGGAUUUUAAUAUUAUUGCAGAAAAACACAACCUGGAAUCUAACUUUCCUCUCGUGGAGAACAUGAAGUUGUUAUGCAAUUGAAACCUCACUAUACAACUCAAACAAGCACAAAUUCUAGCUUAAUAAAAUGAUCAUGGCAGAUUUUACCCUCAUGGUAGCAAGCUAAUAUUAUCGUAGCAAGUCUGAAGGGCUUGUUUCCCAGAAAGAGUUUGAAUUAAACCAGGAGAAGCUAGAAUAGAAAUAAUGAAUUAUGUUGUAUGAAAAAAAUGAAACAUCUUCAGCAAAGAAAGUCCUGGACUUAAUAUCAAGUCCUUAGAGCACAAAAAUCCCAUAAUAUAAGAUCCCAGAAUUUCUUAUAUCUACAUUGACUGACCAUUAAUCUGACCUUCCGAAUUAGAGGUUUGAUUUAAGUCUUUAAGUCCCUUUAGUUCUGGAGGAAGUUUAAUUUUCAUUCAGGAAAUGGGUUCAGUUCAAAGACUGAGUUAAAUGAAGGAUGUCUAUGAAAGCCAUCAGUCUCGUUCAAACACCACUGAAGUCUCGACUGCAGCCUACAAGUCCUGUCUGAGUAAUUGACACCUACUGUCAAAAAUGUAGCUUAAAAUGUACAACUGGUAAACAUGCAGUCAGAUGAGGCUUCAGAGAGAUUUAGAGAUGAGGUUCUAGGUUGGAAAAAAACAGGUACACUCCUCUAUGCUGCUCAGAAAUACCCAUCCAACCAACCACAUGGGUAUGAUGUUUUUGAGUUUCUGCUCGCAUUCACAAAUAAGAAGAAUACACAAUCAGACUUUUGGGAGCUGUUAAUGGAUGUUGCCAUUUUUUAAAUGGCAGUUUUAUUUUAGAAAGACACCUUACAGACAAAACAACAAGAUCUACACAUCUACAAGAAAGUAGUAGUAGAUGUGUAGAGAAGAAACACUGAUAAACACUGUAGCAAGUACUGAGAACUUAGCACCAAAAUCUUCACACCGACAGCAUUUUGAUAGUGAUGUAUCUUUACAGUAGCUGCUUGUGUAGUGCUUUGUCGUUACCCUGUGGAGUUGUGAGGAUGAAGCACGCAAAAACCAUAUCUAUGCCUGGAGAGUGUGCUGCAUUACAGGGAUUGUUCAGGUGUUUAAGAUGCCUGCCUUACUUAACAGGAGCGAGGAAUCCUUUCAGUCCAUCUGAGCAACACUUGCCUUUAUGUUUGGUAUUGUUUUUUCAGAUACUGUAGGCAGAAUUUGUUUGUUAGCAUUAUUACUGAAUUAUCGCCCUUCGUCUCCUGUGUUAACAAGAUAAUAUAUAUAAAUGGUUAAUAGGUCCAUUGACUGAAGUAUUUUUCAUUCUCAGUGUUGUGAUUGUAUUUUCCAUGCAUUAUGUUAAAACCGGGUGUUCGGGCCAAAUGUUUACAAAGAAAAAAGAUGCAACCUCACUUUGAGUGUAAACAACCAUUAUAUAGUCAAAUAAAGCUAAUAUUAUAUAAUAAAAUCUAUAAAAGCUCACAGUACAAAAGUAAUUUACAUAUUUCUAAGAGCGUGGAAAGUUAAAUGGAAAGCAGUCUUUUUCCAGAUUCUUUAUGUGAGGGAAGCACGCUGUCUUAUCACCUUAAAUACAACUGUGUUUGGUCACAGUGUUGUAGAUGUCUUAACCGUAUGUUGCCCUUAGACAGGCAAUCUGAAAAGUAGUGGAUGAGUAAAUCAAUUUAUUUUUUGUGAAUUUCAAAUUCAAAUAAAGUAUUUUAGUCUUCAAAUGUUCGGUGACUUCAUACUAUUAUCAUAGUAUUCAUGUCCUGCAAAGCGCACUUCAUAAAAUGGCCAUAAUUUUUAAAAAGAGGCAAAGGUCAAAAGCUGUGUUAUCUAGUUUUAAAAACAUGGCAACAGACAGACUGUGAAUUAACAGAAUGUCAUCAAAACUUAGUUUCGUAACUGUCAGUGCCAUCAUGGACAUCUUUCAUUUGAGGUAUUAAUAUAGAAGUAUUGUUAACUGAGUAUUUGGUUUGUGGUCUGCCAGCCAAAUUUAAAGGCAACAGCUGGUGAAACGUAUCUUCAAGAGGCAAAACACCUUCGAUUUGUUAUUGUUAAAGUGAAUUAUUUGUCCUUGAAUUGUAAAUGCCUGUGUUGCUGUUUAUUGGAUUAUAC